UGUCCUAUGUCUCACUACUGUUAAGUUACCUUAGCAUGGUUGGCUAAUAAAUACACGCCCGUCCGCUCAUUCAGACAUGUACCCCAAAAUGUCACUUCCUCCUAGACGCAAAUAAGAGUGUGCAAAUGGCUUUUGCAGAUUAAAGAAAUUUACUUAUGACAAGUCUUUUGCCCAAUUAAAGUUGCACUGAGUUGGCUCUAUUUAUAACCUCUUCUGUUCAAUCCUUAACUUCAUACUUCCGGCUCUUGUAAUGUUGUGAGAAAAAUAUCUGCAUCUAUAUACUAUAAUGGCCAACAACAAUGUCUUUUCUUGGACUGAUCCUGACCCUGAACCGGAUGAUAUUUCUGUUUUUCUUCGUCAUAUUCUCCUUCCAUCAUCUUCCUCUUCAUCCAAUUUUAUGGCCAUCAAGGGUAAUGAAAUGCAAUAUUCCUCGUCGUUGCCUCAACUCAUGCCUAAAAACGAUCAACAUGGCCUGGGAGUAUCGAAUGGUGAUUUGUCUUCCAUGCUGAAUUCAUCGACUGCUGGAAUUUUCUCGUCGUCUUAUAGGGGUUAUAAUAUGCCUGCCAGUGCAACUAAUGUUUCUUCUUCAUCUGCUGGGACCAUGGAUAACGAUGCAGAUGAGUAUGAAUGUGAAAGUGAGGAUGGCACAGAGGACUUGGAAGGGGAAGUUUUAGCCCAACCGCCACCAUCUCGUAGCACUUCCAAGAGAAGCAGAGCAGCUGAAGUGCACAAUAUGUCUGAAAAGAGGAGAAGAAGCAGGAUUAAUGAGAAGAUGAAAGCAUUACAAAAACUUAUUCCAAAUUCAAACAAGACCGACAAGGCUUCAAUGCUUGAUGAAGCCAUAGAGUACCUCAAGCAGCUUCAGCUCCAAGUACAGAUGUUGACAAUGAGAAAUGGGUUAAAUAUGUAUCCUCUGGGCCUAGCUCGAGUGCUAGAACAAAAUCAACUCUGCCAGCAAAAAAUGGGUUUGUGCGAGGGGAAUGGAUUCACAAAUGCUAAAGUGGCUGGGAUUCUCCACGUAAACCAAGACACCUCAUUAAAUGCCAUUUUCGGUCCAGCUGAAAACUGUACACAAACUAAGCUAACUCCAGCGGCAACUAUGUCAUAUGUAGACCAUUCAGACAAUGCUUUUGAGCCAGAGUCAUCGAUGAAUGUUCACCUUGAUCCCUUUCAGCUCUCAAGGUCUACCAGCAAGGAAAUUUGGAGGGGGGAUUGCUUACCUCCAUAUGGAAUGAAUGAGCGAACGUCGAAAACUGCAUCAGCUGGAGCAUAUGUUUCAUCUUCAGUUCCCUUUGAUACCGAUGCAUCUAACCAGAAGAGAAACACUCUAGAAGCCUGCUUGCUUCAAUAUCAGAUUGGUAGUGUGAAUGAAACCAGUAUGGAUCACAACCAACUUAUUGCCCCACAAUUGUAUAGUCAUAUCGGAAGAAGUACAACUGUUGACAUUAUCAAAAGCGAAUGCAGCAACUCCUGAGAUUCUGGCCUGCAUCAUUCUGCUGGAUUUUGUCGAAGUAAUGACAUGCUUCUUACUGCUUAUGAUAUGUUUAUGUGGCUAAGUAAUGGGCUUAAAAGCCAUUGUAUUGAAUGAAUCACUUUCUGCAUUGCCUGUAAGAUCGUUAUGCAGAGAAGUUGGAAUGUAAAUGUAAAGAUUGGACUAUUCUCUAUCUUGUCAACUAAGAAUAGUAAAUGGUUGCUUUAGUAAUGGAUUCUGGAUUUGAAGUUUAUGGCUUCCUAAAGAGAUCUCAAAUUAAUAC